AUGUCCAAAGAGUGUCGGAUUGUAAACGGCGGUGGCGACGGCGUCGUCGGCGGAUUUGUGAACAACUGUGAGCAGGUGCUUGAUGACCAAAACGAAAUGGUGAUGGCCGCGUCUAAGACCGCUAAGGUCUCUGGCAGCGAUCGGACAUUAGCCUCCAUCAACCACCGCAUCUGCCCACUGUCGUCCAAUGACUUGGAUAAACUCAAGGACUUUUCAAUCGAAAAUCACAUGUCAAUAGAAGAGAACACAAAAUCUAUCACCCUGAAAAGUGAAGAGUUAUUACAGUUGACAAAAGAAGUGGAUAUUAUUAAACAAAAGUUGGCGUUACAUAAUCAAUAUAUACCUAAAAUAGCUGCUAGAGAGAAAAACUUGGAUGUUUUACCAAUCAUACCAGUUUCUUCAACAUGCUCAUCUGGCAUGAAAGAUUUGACUUCGACUGGACUACAAGAUCAGCAAGAACAACAGGGCAUUAAACCUAAAAGGCGAAGGAUUUGUCAAGCUGCUACUGAACAACCGAACCCAGAUCCAUUAAAACCCAACCAGACUAAACAGUCGAGAACUAGGAUUACACGACCUAAAUCAGCUAAAAUAAGAAAAAUGCAGGAAUUGUUUUUGGUCACAGCAGAUGAUGCAUAUUACACAUGCCUAGGAAAUUAUGAUUCUAUAAAAGAUGAACCAGUUUCCAAAAAUAUUAAUAGUAAUUUAGAAAUACCAAGAUGGAGGGUUAAAACAUAUUCUAGUUUGUAUUCUAUGGAAGGCACAGAAAAUAUGUCCGAUAAUAUUUUUGAAAACAGACACUAUAGACUUGAAAAAAUUGAACAAAAAUGUAAAAGAUGGGAUUUGCAACGAGUGAGGGAAUUAAAACGAGUAGAGUAUUUAAAGGAAGGUCGUAAUAAACAACAUUCAAAGAAAUCAAAUAAUAAGAAACAAUUGACAACUUUACUGCCCAGUCCAUCAAAGAUUAAAGCAAUUGAAAUCACAGAUAAAUUACUCAUGUCUGCAUUUGGCAUCAAUUUAUAUAUUAAAAAGAAACAUGAAAUUCAAUGGUGUAAUAAUGGGUCUCAAGCGCCAAAAGGAUGCAACAUACGUGGACUUCGUUCUUCAGGUUGUAGUGCAUUUUAUGACACCGUUUAA